GAAAGGGAAAAAAAAGCAAGGCAUGCUCGCACACACUCUGUUGCUUUGACGGUCGUCUUCCUCCCUCCGCUUCCCCCAUCUCCACUCCUCUCCCCGUCCCCGAUCCAAACCCUAAGCCGCGGGGAUCCGCUACCGCCAUGGAAGCGGCAGCCCCGGCUCCGCCGCUCCCUAGACAUCCGGACAUCACCCCGGAGCUCCGGCGCUUCCUCGACGUCCGCUUCCGCUCGCCGGCCGACCUCGCCGCGGCCGCCGACGUCGAGGCCGAGAUCCGCGGACGCUGCGCGGAGCUCGAGUCCUCGGUCUCCGAGCUGUCCGUGCGCCUCGCGGCUGCAGCCUCCGCUUACUCCUCUUCUCUUCAGGCCGCUGGCUCCGCCCUCCGCGGCGUGCGCGCUGGCCUCGACGCCCUCAAAUCCUCCACCGCCCAGACAGGGGUUAGGGAAAAUGUGGAGGUUGGGAGCGAGAAGAUGUUGUUUGAGCAACUCCCUCCCCUGGCCACCGACGUGGCGAGAGUCGACAUGGUCAGAGAUUACGCUGAAACGGCUCUAAAGCUUGACAGUUUGGUCGGUGAUGUAGAAGAUGCCGUUUCGUCUUCUGUGACUGGAAAACUUAUAUCUCGUGGAGGAAAGUCAGAGCAAACACACCAUGUUGCUAUUGGAUAUCUUAAAUCGAUAGAAGAUACUUUAGCUUCAGUUACAAGGACCAGACCACAAUGGGCUCGUCUUAUAUCUGCAGUGGAUCACAGAGUAGACAGAUCUUUAGCUUUACUGAGACCACAAGCCAUUGUUGAUCAUCGAGCUCUUCUAUCAUCCCUUGGCUGGCCUCCUUCCAUUGCUGGAACAAAUAUUUCAGAUAGUAAUUCCAGGAAACCAGCAGAGAUUGUGAACCCAUUAUUUUCAAUGAGGGGUGACCUGACAAAGAGGUAUUCAGAGAGCUUUCUUUCAUUAUGCAGUUUACAGGAAUUACAGAAACGCAGAAAAACUAGGCAAUUACAAGGGCAUAAUGUGAAUAGUGAACUACGUCAACCAUUAUGGGUGAUUGAGGAGUUAGUAAAUCCAUUAUCUGCUGCUGCACAGCGUCAUUUUUCCAAAUGGGUUGAGAAUCCUGAAUUGGUUUUUGCCCUUGCUUACAAGAUAACAAGAGAUUUCGUUGAUUCCAUGGAUGAGAUACUGCAGCCCCUUGUGGACAAGGCAAAUCUUGUAGGUUAUAGUUGCAGAGAGGAGUGGAUUUCGGGAAUAGUUAUUGCAUUGUCUACAUAUCUGGCGAAAGAGAUAUUUCCUAAGCAGAUUGAACUUCUUGAAGAGAGCAGCUCAAACGAUGCAAGCGGCACACCAUUUCAGGCUAGAGUCUCAUGGCUUAAUCUUGUUGAUCUAAUGAUAUCUUUUGACAAGCGAACUCAAGGUUUGAUCUCGAGUACAGGACUGCAAUUUUCAGUAAAGGAUGAUGACAAUUGGCAAAGGAUCUCAGUGCUCUCUGUCUUCUGUGAUCGGCCAGACUGGCUUGAAAUAUGGGCAGAGAUUGAGAGACACGAGACUCUUGGUAACCUGAAGUCAGCAAUGGAGAAUGAGAAAAAUUGGAGUAAGAGGAUUGAAGGAACAAUGAUUGAGUAUGGAUCAGAGGAUUACAAAUCUCCAGCAAUUACCUGUGCUGUUCAACAAGGCUUGUCUUUGCUAAUUGAUCGUGCUAGGCCCAUUCCUAACAUUUCACUUAGGGCAGAAUUCAUUAGGAUUUCUGCUUCACCUGUAAUAUCAGAAUUUCUCGGUUGCAUGUUUCGGAGGUGCCAAGAAGCAGAGGGGCUAACUGCUCUGGCAGAUGAUAAUGCUGUGUUCAAAGUAUCACAGUCCAUUAAUGCAGCUCGAUACUUGGAAUCCACAUUGACAGAAUGGUGUGAGGAUAUGUUCUUUCUUGAAAUGGAAAGUCUACCACUAAGCGGUGAAGGUGGGGGUAUAUUCCAACAAGAGAUAAAUCAAUUGAAAGAGUUCAGAGCAGAAUGGGUUGAUAAGAUUUCGACUGUCAUUCUUAGGGCAUUCGAUGCUCGCUCCUGGGAUUAUCUGAGAAAUAAGAGGCAGUGGCAGGAGCAUUCAGAAGGACCGUCCAGGGCCAUCAUAGAAUCUUCAGGCUACAUGCAGGGGAGGCUAUCUAAGCUUGAAGAUAGCCUAAAUGUCCUGGAUUUCGUAUCAGUAUGGAGAGUUGUGGCAAACGGAGUAGACCAGCUGCUUUUCGCAGGAAUUUUCACAGGAAGCCCAAAGUUCAGUAAUGGUGGGGUCGAAAAGCUUCAUGCUGAUCUGAGUGUUCUGUUUGCCGUAUUUUCAGCCUGGUGUCUGAGGCCUGAAGGCUUCUUCCCAAGACUGUCCGAAGUUUUGAAAUUGCUAAAGGUUGAUGAGAAGCAUCUUAUAGAUAGAUCGUUUACAGAUAAAAACUGGCUAAGGGAGCUUGGUGUUAGGCAUCUGACAGCUGCUGAGGCUGAAAGGAUAAUAAAAAAUAGGGUGUAUGAUGAAUGAUUACAUGAGAUGGUAGAUAUCUGGCUUGAGGAUCAAAAUUGGAUUGUCAAACUGGAAUGAGUUUACACUUCUUUUCCUUUAUACAAGUUUGUGUCAUUCUUGUUUACAUAUUUAUCCUUGUCGAUUGUUGUACUCUACAACCAAGAAGUACGUGAAGGUUGAUUGUGUCAUGAGAUUGUGUA